AUUUUAUCACUUCCCAUGUGACCCCCCACCCCUAAAGAACCCCAAAAAUCCUUCUCUCUGCCUCCCUCUCUCCAGAGUAAUUAUAAGUACCUCACCUAGCAGGCACUUAAAUUCAGACAACUUUUGUGCACCGCUUCUUUAUUCCUUACUACCUUUUAUGCACCGCUAUCCGAGAUGGGUAGUAUGUUGUACAGCCAGGCUCUGUUAGCUCUGUUUCUUGUUUCUCUGUUUCUGCCUUCUUCUCUGCAACAACGACAACAAGAAGAGGAAGUGAGAGCAGAGCAAAUCUUCUUCUUCAAUAAUGUAAGCAGUAGUUUAUUGAGAGGUAGGGGGCUAGCGAAUGGGUGUAAUUUGUUCCAAGGGAAAUGGGUCGUGGAUGCCUCGUAUCCACUCUACCAGUCCUCAGGCUGCCCUUUCAUUGACCCUGAGUUUGAUUGCCAAAAGUAUGGACGCCCUGAUAAAGAGUACCUCAAGUUCUUGUGGAAACCUGACUCCUGUGACUUACCCAGGUUUGAUGGAAUGGAGUUUUUGAGGAGGUGGAGGGGGAAGAAGAUAAUGUUUGUGGGUGACUCACUGAGUCUGAACCAGUGGGAAUCCUUGUCCUGUAUGGUUCAUGCGUCGGUGCCAAAUGCCAAGACAACCUUUGCCAAGAAGGAUUUGCUGUCUUAUGUCACUUUUGAGGAUUAUGGAGUGACAUUAUACCUGUAUCAUACAACAUACUUGGUGGAUAUAGUUCGAGAAAAGAUGGGAAGAGUGUUGAAAUUGGACUCCAUCCAAGGUGGCAAUGCGUGGAACGGAAUGGACGUGUUGAUUUUUAACACGUGGCAUUGGUGGACCCACAAGGGCAAAUCUCAACCAUGGGAUUAUGUGCAAGAUGGGUCCACGAUAUCGAAAGAUAUGGACCGUUUGACCGCAUUUUACAAAGGGUUGACAACUUGGGCCAGAUGGGUUGACCAAAACAUUGAUCCUGCCAAGACCAAAGUCUUCUUUCAGGGGAUAUCUCCCACCCACUAUCAGGGAAAGGAUUGGAAAUCUGGAGCAAAGAAUUGCAUGGGAGAGCAACUACCACUGACCGGAUCGACAUAUCCCGCCGGGACCCCUCCAGCCGUCGCUACUGUAAACAGAGUACUGAGCACAAUCAAGAAACCAGUCUACCUACUAGACAUCACAACACUUUCACAACUAAGAAAAGAUGCUCACCCGUCCACCUAUAGCGGUGAACACUCCGGUACCGACUGCAGCCAUUGGUGCCUCCCCGGGUUGCCUGAUACUUGGAACCAGCUCCUAUAUGCAGCUCUCAUCAUGUGAAGUCGAAGACUAGCUAGAUCAGAGUCAGUAAUUUCCCUCUUGUAUCCUGUUUUCUGUCCGUUUCCGGUUAUUCCGGGUAAAUAACAAAAUUGCACGACAACCGCUUGUAAAAUCAUUACUGGGUUGCCGUUCAUUUGCUUAGAUUGUAUAGGAAAGAACACAGGAAAUGAUUUCAGCAGAUGUUUAUGUAACUGUAGUUGGAGAUGUGUAUUGUUGAUUUUGUUAAUAGUUACUGUCGAUUCUACUAAGCUUCACCAAA